CAUAAGAAUUUGUUUUACUUGAGUGCUUAAGUGUGUGUAUUUCAUUUCUGCAGGAAUCUAGCUGCAAGAAUAUUAAAGCUAGAAAAGCUCUUGAGAGAAAAGCUCAAGAUGAAGCCGAACAAUACACAAGGCAGAAGAACAAAAGAAUGAAGGAACAGAAACAAAUUAAACAAAUUCUAAAAGAAGAAUCUCUUGAGAAAGCUGAACAAUUUGCAACACAGCUGAAAGAGAGACUGAAAGCUAAUGAAAGUCUGAAGAUCAACAUUCUAGACAAAGAAGUGCAAGAAGAAUCGAAAAAACAAAUAUUAAAACGCAAAUUAAGAAAUGUGCUUCUUCUGGAAAAGUGGAAAGUUCAAGAAAAAGAAGACCAGGAGGAAGCAAGUAAGGAAAUGAUGAAGAGGAAUUUGCGAAAUGAGCUUAUUAAAGAAAAAGUAAAAAUUCAAAAACAAAAGGAAUCUGUAGAGGAAGCUCAGCGAUUUGCUAUACAGCAAAAACACCGAUUGAUAGCAAAUCUGAGACUAAAGACCAACAUUCUAGAAAAAGAAGAACAAGAAGAACCUAACAGAGAAAUAUUAAAAUGCAAGGUAAGAAAUGUCCUCCUUCUUGAAAGUUGGAAGAUUCAAGAAAAUGAAGCUCAGAAGGAAUCCAGCAGAGAAAUAAUACAGCGGAAACUGAGAGAGGAACUUCUUAAAGAACAGGCUAUAAUUCAACAACAACAGAUAAAAAAUCAAACACUAGACAGCACAGAAGUUAAGAAACACAUAAAAAGUCUAGAGCAAGAAACUGAGGAAAAGGUUGAGUUUAUCAACAAGCAAGAAGAGCUAGCUAUUACUCCAGCCAAGCAAAGUCCCGAGAAAGUUCCUGCUGAGGAACUAAAGGUGAGUAUUGGAAAGAAAAGCAACGCCACAGAGGUUGAAAUAGAGAAAACAGAAGAAAUGAAAAAGAUGGAAAUAGAAACAUCUCCAGAGGAAGAAGCUCAGAUGCUUCCAGCUCCAGCAAAGAAAAGUCCAGAGAAAGUUCCUGCUGAGAAACUAAAGGACACUGGGAGCCAAAAGGCAUCUCUUCACAUUUCAUCACCUGAAGCAGAUGCACAGAAGGAUGUUAGGGAAAAGCCUGAGGUAGCCAAUCAGGAUAAAAAUAGAAACCUGCAAAAGACAAUAGCAAAGGAGGAACCUAGAAAUAAGAAUAGAGUUCGGAUCCGUAGAGUACCUAUAAAGAAACCAGAGUCGUUCUUUGAUUUUCCUGACCGGAUGAAGCGGAGAACUCACUAUUGUCGGAUCGUUGAUGAGCUUGACAAAACUCUAGACCAAAAUCAGGUGGAAAGAAGGCUGGUGCAAAAAGCAAUACCAUCUAUUACAGAUUUCCAGCUCCAAUCAUAUAUCGGCGAGGGUGCAUUUGGAAAGGUCUACAAGGGACAACACAGAACCUCUGGAAAGACUGUGGCAAUUAAAACCAUAGAAAUGCACGAUAUCAACAAUAGAGGUGUAUUUCAUUGUGUUGCCCAAGAGCAGCGCAUCCUCCGGCUGAUCGACGAGGAGAAAUGUCAGUUCCUUACCAGUUUACUCUGCUCCUUCCAGACUGAAGAUCAUUUGUGUCUGGUUAUGGAGUAUGCGGAAGCAGGAAACUUAGCAGCAUUCACGGCUCAACCUGGAAUGCCACUUGAGAGAGUUCGAUUCUACUCCGCUUGUCUGGUUCUAGGACUGCAGUUCUUACAUGAGCACAAUAUCGCCCAUAGAGAUCUAAAACCAGAGAACAUAUUGCUGUAUGGUGAUGGUUAUGUCAAAAUUGCAGACUUUGGGAUCAGCGAAUUAGGUAAGAUUUGUAACAUAUACACGGUUAAGCAGUUGAGCAUUGGUCAUACAUGUUAUUGUAACCAGAGGUAG